AUGAUUGGAAACAAGAAUCAUCCGCCAACACUCUACUCACCACCACCGGCAUCAUCGCCUUUUGAUAGUAAUAAAGUAUGUUUUUAUUGAAAUCUAAAAGCUUCAAUGUUUUAUUUGCAGUCUUAUCGUUGGACAUCAACUACGGCGGCCAAGAUGGAUUAUAAUAAAACUGUGAAUGAAUCUCAAUCAAAACCUGAACAAUAUCGUUUCAAAACGAACACGACAAUUAAUAAUAACAUAACACCUGAAAAGAAAAAGGCAGAUACAAGUUGGUUGUCACCAUCUCGCGGUGAUACUUGGAGGUUAAGUGCUCCUCGUGGAAGAACUCGUGAUUUGGCUGCAGCUUUCGAUCAAAUCGCGAAGUCAGAGGUUUUAGGGUUUUCUCGUUUGGAACAUCCAACUUAUGGACGAAGACAACGCAGAAAUAGUGAACCAAAUUAUGAAAACGAGCUGAAAGAAGUCGCUGAACCAAACUAUAUAGGUUAAUACACGUUUAUCGUAUUUUUUUGACGUGAAAUAUCUUCAUUUCAUUUCUGGAUUUCUCAUGAAUUCCACUAAUAUUCAUUUGCUGAAAUGUUUGACUUUGAAUAUUCGAAGUAGUAGUAAUGUUCCAAGCUAUCUAUGCAGAAAUAUCUAAGAUUUUGUAUUUUCAGACGAUUCCAUGAUUCAAGAAUUUGAAGAUGAAGAAUUCGAGGAAUAUCGUGACAUAAAUAGUGAUUUCUUCGAAAGACAAACUCUCGCUGAUGAAAGAAGAACAGAAUCGGAAGCUGUUGAAAUGUGAAUAUAAUCAAUUUAUUUUCAAAAUUAUGUUUUUUUUUCAGUCGAGAGAAUCGUCAAAGUACAUCUUCAUUUAUUCAUCGAAGCACUGCUGAAUGUAUUAUUCGAGAUAAUGGAGAUAUGGCUGAUGAAGUCAGAUAUCAUCAUCCAAUUGAUGUAACUCCAAAAAGACCAAAUAACUUGUAUGUUUCAGUAAAUUGACAUUGUAAAAUAUUUAAUUUAGGAAUAAUCGAGCAAAUCGCAAUUCAUUGGAACCAUUUCAAAAUAAGUUCACAGAUGGAAUUGUUACUUCAACUCCAAAUGUUGACAAAGAACAUAGUUCGUUUUAUUUUAGAAAAAAAAAUUGAUGAAUGAGUUAAUAAUUUCAGAUGAGAUCAAAAAAUAUUUUGGUAAUGAAGAGACAAUCAAAGCAUCUCCUUUAUCUCGCCGUGAUCGUCGUGCAACUCAAGCAAUUGUUAUUCCAGCUCCUGAAUUUGAUUCGCCCGCAUCGGAAAAGAAGUUCAAAGUUCCGAAUUUACCAAAAUCUAAUGUGAAAUCAAUAGCUGGAGAAUUCGAAAAAGCAGAUUUUGGUUUUCAUAGAAAAAUCGAUGCGGCUUCUGAAAUCCAAGAAUUACGUCGAAAAGCCGCUGAGAAACACGAACAAGAAAUUGAUGAAAAUCAAAAUAUUCAAAAUUCAAGUCAAGAAUCAGUUCCAAGAGUUGGUCAUAAAGAAAUGCGACCAAGUGUGAGAAUGGGAAUCAAUUCAUAUAAUUCAGAAGGAGAAGAUCGAGCUUGGUGUGAAAGAGAAAAUGAAGAUUUUUAUGCGAUUCCAAACAAAUCAAAUAAAUUAUCAACAAAUGAUGAAACAGAUGAAUCAAGAUUGAAAAUGUUGGCUGCAAAAAGACAAUCACUUCCAUUUUCAGAUAUUCCAGAAGAAAGAACUUAUGAUAAAAUUGAUGAGAUGUUUGAUUUUGUUGAAGUCAGUUAUUCUUACCCAAUUUAAAACUUAUUGAAAGUUAUUUCAGAAUUUUCAGAAAACUGACGAUUACGAAGAAAAAACAUUGGAACAUACAAAUGGUUAUGCAGAAAUUCAAUCAUCCGUCAAAAUUGUUUCUUCAAUUCCAAAAAAUAUCACAAGUACAACUUAUCAAGAACUCGAUUUCGAUCGCUCAACAACUGCACAAUUUGAAAAUGAUGGAACUGGCGGAUCUGGUGGAAGUGGUCCACAAUUUACCCGUAGUCCAACAUUAAUGACACCGCAUGCAGGACAAUCUGUAACUGAAUAUCGAGUAUCUGAAAAAGAAGGAUUGGCUAAAACCGAAAAGAUUGUUGUCAAUAAAAUGCUUCAGCCAUCUGCUUUGGCUACUUCGACUCCAAAAGGAACUGUUGCUGCAAGAAAAGGAGGUAUUCAUUAUUUUGAACUACUACACUAGUUCAGUUAUUUAUUUAGUCAUCUAAAAUACAUUUUUUCCAGGAUAUUCAUCAAAUAAUAACAUCGAAGAUGAUUCAUUUGUUAGUUCAAUUAGUAACGUAUCAACUGCUGAAAAAAUCAAUGAUUCGAGACGACAAAUAUCGGUAAGUAAUAAAAUUAUAUUCAAAAUUACCUUGUUCACAUCAAUGUUUUUAUUUCAGAAUUUGAUUGGUCAAAUUGAAGAAACCCGUAAACAUAUACAAUUGGCUGAAAUUGCACUUAUUGAUGCGAAAAAAAGUCGAUUAGUUGUUCAAGAAUUAUCAGCUCAACGAGUUUUGCUUUUAUGUCGAGAACGUUUAGCUUUGCAACUUGAUGAAGUACGAAGACUUCAAGCUCUUUCUGUUGUUCGUCAUCCUCCUCCACCAGUUAAUCGACAUUUCAAAUCAACAAUGAUUAUUUCAAAUAUUGCUGUUCAUUUGAAUAAGAAUUUCAAUUGUCGUAAGUUUUUAAUUGUUAAAGUUUACCAAAAAUGUUAUUUUCAGGUGGUUCUUUUGCAUUUAUUGUUGCACUCAAAUGUCGCACAAAAAUUGAAGCAACCGGUGUUGUCACUCUUUUUGCACAUUAUAAAACCCGUCAAAAUGUGAUUCAUUUCGGUGAAAAUCUGCAUUUUUCGAAACUUCCAGUUGAUUUUGUCAUUACAAUGGAAGUUUAUAUGAUGCGAGUUCCGGAGCAUAAAAUUCCUGAGAAGACUUGUGUUUCUGUAUUUGCUGCUAAAUGUCGAAAUCUGUUGGUUCCAAGUGCUGCGCAUCGAAGAAAUACAACAAAUAGAUCUAAAAAUCGAACAAUUUUGUCGUUGCCAGAAAAUUACGAGAAACCGGCAUGUGAUUUCAAAUUCUGCGGAAAAUUAACUUUGGAUCGUGAUUCAGCUGGUGAUAGAAAUUUUUAUUUGGAUGAUAUUACAUAUCCACUAGAAGGAACUGUUAAAGUUGUCUCACAUUGUUCUUCACUUCCAGAAGCUAUUGAUGUUAUGUAUAGAGGAUAUUUGGUAAGUUUUAGAAAUUUCAGUAAUCUGAGCUAAAAUUUUAAUUUUUUGUAUUUAAUUUUGAACAUUAUAAUACUUUUUCAAGCUAUAAUAAUGUUAUUUCUUUUAGUAUCUUUAUAAUGAGAAAUCUCCAAAUGGCGAUAUUGCAUGGGAGAAAUAUUGGGCAUUAUUGAACCGUGGUUUGAUUUUCUUCUGGAAACAUCCGGAUGAUGAGAAAUCUGAACAGGUAAAACUAUUCUGAAAGUUAUUAAAAAGUUAUCUUUUUUUCUUACAGAUACCACUUUCUCAAAUCGAUCUCACAAAAUGCACAAAUCAAGACAUUGACGAAGUCAAAAAAUCAUCAAACUUUUCAUACGGUAGACAAUUUAUGUUUUCAAUUGAGUUGCUCAUCGAUCAAACUCCAACAUUUUUGGAAAAGAGACGGUUAGUUUAUUUUUAUAUCAAAAUUAGAAUAUUGACUCUGUUAUCUUUCAUCCCUAAACAAGACAAAAAUAAUUUCAGAGUUUUGCUUGCUGCUGAAAACUCUGAUCAUUUGUCUUCGUGGUUGGCAGCAAUUAAUGACACUCUUUUUGUUCUCCGUUCAUAG